UUGUAUAUUGACAUACGUACAUUGAUGAGGCUGAAGCCAGACCUGCCUUUCCUGUUGUACUGUCUUGGCAGAGUGUUAUAAAUCAGUAAGACAUAGACCUUUUACAAAAUCACUCAACCUAGCUGUCCACCGCCCAAGGGACACCAUGGCACCGAAGUCUCCCGAAACACCACCUAUACAUCUCGAAGGUACAACCCUCGAAGGCGGCGGCCAACUCCUCCGUCUAGCCCUUGGUCUUGCUAGCCUCACCAAGAAACCCAUCCACUUGACCAACAUCCGUGGCAAGCGCUUCGGAGGUGGUGGGCUCAAAUCCCAACACCUCACUUGCGUGCAAUGGCUAGGCAACGCUUGUAAUGCCCGAAUCAGCGGCGUUGGACUCAAGAGUAAGGAGGUCACUUUUGUUCCUGGAGGGGAAGGGACAAGCAUUACGAAUCAGCUAGAAGUGGGAGAUGUACGAAUCAACCAGAAUACGCCAGGGAGCAUCAACUUGAUAUUACAAGCGAUACUGCCGUAUCUACUCUUCUCUGGGGCAAAAGAGAAGAUUAGAGUGAGGAUUACGGGAGGAUCAAACGUCUCCAAUUCUCCAUCAUACGAGUACAUUGUUCAAGUUUUGAUACCUAUGCUGGAGCUCAUUGGGAUGCCGCCUAUUGAAGCGCAGCUACACUCACGUGGCUGGUCUCAAGGCACCACAAGUCUCGGUAGCAUCACAUACAUCGUUACACCAUUAACAACAAGACUCCCGGCCUUCCAGCUAGCAGAGCGAGGAAGUAUUCGGCAUGUCAAAGCGACUAUACUAGCCCCCAAGGACACGGAGCAGCACUUCCGCGAUGAGUUAGACGUCAUGUUUGAGCGCCGGGAAUCACGCAUUUUCGGUGCUAGCAUCAAAGAUGCACAAAUAGAGAUCAUAUUCGAGGACUCACACCACGACAAGCGAUACUAUCUCCUCCUCGUAGCCACCACCACAACAGGCGUAAAGCUCGGCCGGGACUGGCUAUACGAUCAAGGCGUACGGCCCGGUAAGCUAGAGAAGAUUAUCCCCGCUAUGGUCAAGAAAGUAUCUGAUGAUCUCCUCGCUGAGAUCGAACAUGGUGGCUGCGUGGAUGAGUAUCUGAGGGAUCAAAUGGUCGUGUUCCAGGCACUAUCUGCGGGCAAGAGCCAGGUUUAUGGCGGGAAGAGGAACGAUGUACUCCUUGAACAAAGCCUGCAUGCUAAGACAGCGCAGUGGGUGGCACAGCGAAUUGUUGGCGUGGACUUCGAUGAGCAGGGGGGAUGUGAAGGGAUUGGAUUCUAUCCUGGCGGGGUUGAGGAGGAAGGGCAAAAAGAUAAAGAUCUGGCUAAGAGCAUGGUGAAGCUUGAGCUUACUGAGUCGUGAAGAACUUUGCCUAGUAUUAAGCGGCUCU